AAAGGGAGGCAUUGAAAUUUCAAAGGGGAAGUAAGAAAAAGUCCAAAUGAGUUAACCUUCGCCAAUCAAGGAGGCCCCAUAAUUGAGUUUACAUGGAGCCUAAGGGCAAGGGCAAGGGCAAGGGCAAGGGCUCAAAUCAUCAUCCACAAGAGGUGCCCACCUGCUUGACUCCUCAGAAAGCAGAGAACAAUAAACCUGCAGAAAUAAAAAACUUGCAAAUCAUGAUUGCGAGCAAAGAUGAUAACAAGAAGCAACUAGCUCCCAAGAGAAGCUCAAACAAAGACAGGCACAAGAAAGUAGAUGGCAGAGGUAGAAGAAUAAGGAUGCCUGCUCUGUGCGCCGCCAGGAUUUUCCAAUUGACCCGAGAAUUGGGUCACAAAUCCGAUGGCGAGACAAUUCAGUGGUUGUUGCAGCAAUCGGAACCAUCUAUCAUUGCUGCAACUGGAACUGGGACGAUUCCCGCUUCAGCUCUGGCGGCUGCUGGAGCCUCUGUUUGUGCGCAGGGGAACUCUGUUUCUGCUGGUUUGCAUACCAAAAUGGGACUGGGGGCAUGUACUGGGUCCAAAGAUAGGAAUAAUUGGGCAAUGUUGGGUGGUAAUUUAGGAAGAUCCCAAAUCCCAAGUGGGGCAUGGUCUUCUAGUAAUGGAAUUGGAUCAGGGCUUGUUCAAGUUUCAGAGCAAUCCACAUCAGCUUCAAAUUUUGGGAAUGAAAACUCCAAUCAUAUCCACCACAACUAUGGGUUCCAGGGGCUUGAAUUUCCAAAUAUGAAUAUGGGUUUUGUGAGUUUUUCGUCGCUGCUCAACGGUAGUAACCUCCAGGUUCCAGGUUUGGAGCUUGGGCUUUCACAGGAUCCGCAUUUUGGAGUGUCUAAUUCCCAAGCUUUUAGCCACUUUUACCAGCAGAUUGGGCAGCAGCGAGGUGGUGUACGUCCCUUGAAUCAGCAGCAGAUUGUUGCUGAUAAGGAUAACUCCCAGGGAUCCAAGCAGUAGCUAGUCUUUCUAAACAACAACAAGAUGAUGACGACGACUGGUCAACCCGAUUAUAUAUUGCGUCCCAUGACCAGAAACUAAAGGUAAAAUGAUUUCUGAACAAUUCAAUUUGCUGGGAUGAGUUGUGAAGAGAAUAACAAUGGCCAGGAAAUUGGAUUUACUUCUGCUGCUUGUUAAACAUUGAUGGAUUUAGUUUGGUGUUUGUUAAACUGAACUUUGAGGUGUGUUUAUUAUUGUUUAGUACAAUUUUGUCGGGCAAAUAUCACUUGUUUGCUUUAUAUUUCAUGUCUAAGCGAAGUAGAUUGGUAUUUUAAAGCAAUAGAGAUGAGGGGGAUUUCCAUUGUUUUCAACUUUAAAGUAGCGAUUUGGAAUUAUUGCAGAAACUAUGACUCUUUCGUA